GUGUGGAAAUACGCCGCCACCGUUUACCUGUCCGCUUCCGGCGGAGAAACAGGGCGUACGCAUCACCGUCAUUAUAUAGGAGGAUGACGCUCGUAAUUAGACACCAUGUGAUGCGGAAAACUAUGUGUUUUUAAUAAUGUUGAUGUUAUCGGAGUACCCGGCAGUCUUCUAUGGAAGACAAACAGUGAACAUACAGAUAUAAUUUUUAUACAAUUAUUGUCAUUAUCACUGUAUAUGCAAUGGCCGUCAUAAUGGGGGAAAAGAUGUUUAUGUUGUUUUUAGAAAUGUAGUAGUCCGAGUGGGAGGGGCUACCACUAUAAAAGGGGCUGCCUGGGCCCUAAUCGAGGAGAGUGUGUGGAGUUGCAAAGGAGGUAGCAGUGGUCGAUUUGUGGUUUGUGAGCUGAGUUAUUGAAGAACUCGUUUUUUCGUUUUCUUGUUAGUUUUUCCUUUCUUUUGGUUUUUGUUUUCUGAACUUGUAUAUAGAACGUUUUUGGUUCAUUCGCUUUAUUUUUUUUGGUUUGUACAUAUUUGGCACUGUACAUAUUGCACCUGGUGAGGUGGAGAAUAAACAUCCAAAACAAAACCUUCCGACUUAGCCUGGAUUUUUGGAACAAAAGAACGAGGUUAGCAGAAGAACCCCGCUACAUAUGGUGUCAGAGGUGGGAUGGCAAGUCGGAAAAAAACCCUCCAUCCCAGGCGCACUGGCCUGCGUUCCCAGCGGCGAGAGCAGCCAGAGGAAAUGGCGACCGCUGGUAUCGACCAAGAGUGGGAGACUGACAAAGAGGAUGAGGAGGACCCCUGGUGGGGCCCAGCUGCUCCUGCAGUCCCUGCAGCUCCUGCAGCUCCGGCAUCCACAGGUGAAUCGGGGGGAGAGCUGGUCGGCAUGAUGCGGGACUUUUUGGCAGCACAGCAAAGGAGAGAGGAGGGCCUGCUGGCAGAGAUCAGGGGGCUGAGGGCCUCUCUUCCAUCUGCCCAGCCAUUACCUGUGCUGAAUCCGCCAGUUGCCACACCCAGCACAGCAACAGCCAGCAGUCCCAGACUGGAACUGCCCACCCCAGCACCCCGGCGUAUUCGGAGGGACACACCACUGGAGGCGUCACCAGCACCAUCCAUCCAGUUCCCAGAGGCAAGCAGUAGGGCCGACCAGCCAAGACCAGACUGGAGACCCUAUAGCGAGCCCAGGAUACCCCAAUAUCAAACGGGGGAGGACAUUGAGAACUACUUACUACGCUUUGAGCGUAUGGCAAAAACAUGGCACUGGCCAGAGAAUGAGUGGGCAUGCCGCCUAGUCCCAUUGUUGGCAGGGAAGGCACUGGAGGCCUACACAGCGAUGGACGAGGAGCGGGCCCACUGGUAUCCAGACCUGAAGAUGGCGCUUCUGGCGAAAUUCGACAUCUCCCCAGAAACCUACCGGCAGCAGUUCAGGUCCAUGACGAUACCACCCGGCGAGAGCCCGACUGAGACGUAUCACCGCCUGAAGGGCCUCUACCGGCGCUGGACACGGCCAGAGCAGCACACCAAGGAGCAGAUCGGUGAGACCAUCAUCUUGGAGCAGCUACUGCGAGUACUGCCGCCGGAAGUAAGAACCUGGGUGAAGGAGCAUGAGCCAGUGGAGGGGCUCACAGCUGCCAGGCUCGCGCUGCAGUAUAUCAACGCUCGGAGAGGGGGCCCAGCUUCACGCUUCACCAGCGCAGCAUCCCGACCAACAGUCCAGCCACUGCAGCCACGGCCAGGGAGAAGAGAAUACAGACAGGAAGUUCCAGGUACCAGCACUGCCCCAAACCAACAAGCCUCUGGUAAGGAUUUUGUGUGUUUUUAUUGCCAGCAGCCAGGCCACAAAGCAUCCGUUUGUCCCAUACGGAAGGCAAAGGUCACUGGCGCCUGCUAUGCACCACGUCCAGAGGUGGGCCCCGUUGAAAAAAGAACAGGUCAAAUCCACCAUCAUAAAACUGUCAGUAUAAAUGGGCAGCAGGUUACUGCUCUCUUGGACACUGGGAGCUUCACGUCCUUGGUUAAGCACAGCUUGGUGCCAGUGGGCUGUGUGGACUACAGCCGACAAACAGACAUUGUGUGCGUGCAUGGGGAUAAGCAUCCUUAUCCCAAAGCUGAAGUGACAAUUACCAUUGAUGGACAGCCUUACCUGUUGACUGUUGGGGUGGUUGAGAACUUACCUGUAGAAAUAGUUCUUGGAUGGGACUUACCUGUGUUGAUAAACUUGCUGCAUGAAAAAGAAGUGCCAGCAAAAACAGAUUGUGGGGAGGGCAAUGUAAAUGUUUCAUGUCCUGUGAUCACCCGAGCCCAAGCGAAAGGUGUCCAACCACUCCCAGACUUGGACAGUAGUCUGUGUGAAGGUGGCACUAAAGGGCCUAAGAAUUCUCGUCGCCAACGCCGCUUUGAGAAGCAGCUAAGGCAAACUGAUCCUGAGUUAGAAGGUAUGGUUAAAAACAUGUGGGAUGUGCCACAAAAUGUUGCUGAGCUACAGAGAGAAGAUGCAACCCUGCAGCCAUUGUUUGCUAAGGUGGGGGAAGAGGCAAAUGGAGGUUGUGUGGGGAGGGAAAGGUUCAUUGUGGAAAAUGAUGUGUUGUAUGCUAUGGAUAAUGAACAAAGACACUUGGUUAUCCCUGCUAGUUGUAGACCACUGAUUAUGCACCUGGCACACACACUCCCAUGGGCUGGUCACCUUGGCCGUAACAAAACAUACAUACGCAUCAGUUCACGGUUCUAUUGGCCCUCCAUGUACACAGACAUCCAGAAGUAUUGCACCACAUGCCCCACAUGUCAGAAAACAUGUCCUGGCCGCAAGUCUGACAGAGCGCUUCUACACCCGCUUCCAGUUAUCUCCACUCCAUUCCGCAGGAUUGCUAUGGACAUUGUCGGGCCCUUGGUGAGAAGUAGUGGGGGUCACCAGUAUAUCCUGGUGGUGUGUGACUAUGCCACACGUUUCCCUGAGGCUUUUCCCCUGCGGACCAUCACUGCUCCCACAGUACGGGCAUUGGUGCAACUAUUCUCCAGAGUGGGAAUACCAGAUGAAAUCCUAACUGAUCAAGGAACUAACUUUACGUCAUGGCUGAUGCAGCUUUUCCAGAAGCAACUGGGCAUCACAGCCAUUAAAACCACACCAUACCAUCCACAGACGGAUGGUCUCGUUGAAAGAUUCAACCAGACACUGAAGAAGAUGCUGCAGACGUUUGUGGAUGAUACGGGCAAAGACUGGGACUGCUGGCUGCCCUUUCUGCUGUUUGCCUACCGGGAAGUUCCCCAGGCCUCAACCGGUUUCUCACCAUUUGAACUGCUGUACGGCUGGGAGGUACAGGGACCCUUGGACCUGCUCCGAAAGAGCUGGGAAGGCCCUUCCACGACGGCAAGCGACAGAGGGGUGGUGCAGUUCGUGCUGGAGAUGAGGGACCGACUGGAGAGGUACCAGGAGGAGGCCAUGGUCAAUCUUCAGGAGGCCCAGAAAAACCAGAAGGCCUGGUAUGACCAACACGCCCGACACCGUGAGUUCCAGCCUGGCCAAAAAAUCCUGUUGCUGCUCCCUUCCUCCAACAGCAAGCUUCUGGCGAAAUGGCAGGGGCCAUACAGCAUCACCCGCAAGAUUUCAGCUCUGGCCUCCAUUUCAUCUCACAGAGACAUUCUGCAUGAUAGUCUUUAA